UUCGAGCGUACGCGCUCACGUUGGACCCGCCGCCCUAGGCAUUCGGGCCUCGGGGGUAUCCCUGUGAGGAGCGCGCGCGUGCCCGCCCGCCCUCCUGCCCGCCCCAGGCAGGUGUUCCGAGGGUGGCGACGUGAAGUGAGGGGAGCGGGCCUAGAAUACAUAUUUACCAAGCAAGCAAGAAAACGUGAAAAUGAGCAGCAGACGGAAACGUGCUCCUCCAGUGAAGGUCGAUGAAGAAAAGCAACAGCAGCUUCGCUGGAACAUGCAUGAGGACCGGAGGAAUGAGCCGCUUGCCUUGACUGCUGAUGAGCCGCUGCUGUCCAUAGCAGAUGCAGAUGCGGACACGGCUGCUCCUUGCAUCAUCCUGGAUGACAGUCCUCAGGAAGACGAGGCUCACCAAGAUAAGAAGAGGCGCUCAGAGCCUGCUAGCGUCUUAGAACCGACUAAACAAGAAGAAACUGUUGGUGUCUUUUCCUCUUUGACUAUAAAGUUGGAUAUUACGAUUUCUCCCUAUCACGUGGAUAAUUCUUGGAAAGCAUUACUAGGAGAAUUCACUCUUCAGCUUCUUCCUGGAGAGAGUUUAAUGGAAAAUUUUUCUGAAAGGGGUUUUACAUUAAUGAGUUCAGAGUCAAGCAAUCAGUUCCUGAUCUAUGUUCACUCCAAAGGUGAAGAUGGAAAGAACCAAGAAAAAGCUCCCCAAGAGUCAUUUAGCAUUUGUGACAAGGUUAUUCAAGUGACAUCAUCCUUCAGUGGUGACAUGUUACAGGAUUUGGGAUGGCUACAAAAGAAGAGAGGAAUAAAGCUUUAUCAGAAACCAGAAGGAAAUCACAUUAUUAAGGUUGGAAUUUACAUUUUGGAAGCUGGCCUAGCAAAACUAGACUAUUUGAGUGAUACAAAUUCAAGAAUGAAAAAGUUCAAUCAACUCAUGAAGAAAGUGAUGGAAACGUUAUAUAAUUAUAUCAUUCCAGAUGUGUUGGAGGAAGAUGAGGAAGAUUCAGAGAGUGAGCCCGAGGGACAGGACGUUGAUGAGCUCUAUCACUUUGUGAAGCAAACACAUCAGCAAGAAACACAGUCAGUCCAAGUAGAUGUCCAGCAUCCUGCAUUGAUCCCGGUGUUACGGCCAUACCAGAGAGAUGCUGUCAACUGGAUGCUGCAACAAGAAUGCUUCAGAACCACUCCUACUGGUGACAAUUCCUUGCACUUCUUAUGGCGAGAAAUUAUUACGCCUGAGGGAUUGAAAUUGUACUAUAAUCCAUACACAGGCUGCAUCAUCCGUGAAUACCCACCAUCUGGGCCACAGUUGCUUGGUGGAAUCUUAGCAGAUGAGAUGGGUCUUGGGAAGACAGUGGAGGUUUUGGCUCUGAUUCUGACACACACUCGACAAGAUGUCAAACAAGAUGCCCCUACCCUCCCUGAGGGAAAAGUGGUAAAUUAUUUCAUCCCAUCACCUUGUUCUGGAGGAAGAGUGAAAAACACAGAAACCCAAUAUGUGGAAUUUGAACCAAAAGAAAAAGUUCAGUGCCCUCCUACACGUGUGAUGAUCCUGACAGCUGUGAAGGAAAUGAAUGGGAAAAAAGGAGUUUCUAUCUUUUCCAUCUAUAAGUACGUCAGUUCCAUGUAUAGAUACGAUGUUCAGCGGAACAGGAGUCUCCUGAAACGGAUGCUGAAAUGUUUAAUUUUUGAAGGACUUGUGAAACAGAUCAAAGGCCAUGGUUUCUCUGGGACUUUUACUUUGGGGAAGAAUUACAAGGAAGAGGAUAUAUGUGAAAAGACAAAAAAACAGGCAAUUGGAAGCUCAAGAAAAGUUCAGAAAGAAUUAAGAAAAUCAGGAAACCAGGACACGGAUUCUGAGUACUUGCCAUCCCACACUUCUGAUGAUGAUGAUGAUGAUGAUGAUGACCCUUACUACUAUUAUGAUAAAGUCAGAAGAAAUCGUAGUAAACUGAGAAAAAGGCCUGUUGUAUUCACAAGAAAAGGAAAAAGUCAGCCUAGCAUCAGUGUGGAUCCUCAGACCCUUUGUGCAGCUUCUGAGGACUCCGCAAGUACUGAGGUGACCCCGACUGAAAGUGUGCGUGCUGCUGAAGUCAAGCAGGAGCAAGGAGUAGAAGGCUUUGCAGAACCCCUCAACCUCGCUGAUGACAGCGCCCCACACUCUGAUACUAUGAGUCCCUGUAAUAGCCCUGACUAUCGCUUUGAGUGCAUAUGCGGGGUUUUUGAUCAGAUAGACCACAAGCCUCGUGUUCAGUGCCUGAAAUGCCACCUGUGGCAGCACGCAAAGUGUGUGAACUAUGAAGAGAAGAAUCUGAAGGUCAAGCCCUUCUAUUGCCCCCACUGCCUGGUUGCAAUGGAGCCCGUAUCAACCAGAGCAACACUGAUUAUCUCCCCAAGCUCCAUCUGUCACCAGUGGGUGGAAGAGAUCAACCGGCAUGUAAGGUCCUCCUCUCUCCGAGUCUUGGUAUAUCAAGGAGUGAAGAAAGAUGGCUUCUUACAGCCCCAUUUUUUGGCUGAACAAGAUAUAGUGAUCAUUACCUACGAUGUCCUUCGUUCAGAAUUAAACUAUGUUGAUAUCCCACAUAGCAAUAGUGAGGACGGGCGUCGCCUGAGGAACCAGAAGCGUUACAUGGCCAUUCCCAGCCCCCUGGUAGCUGUGGAGUGGUGGAGGAUCUGCCUUGAUGAAGCUCAGAUGGUUGAAUGUCCUACUGUCAAAGCUGCAGAAAUGGCCCAGCGUUUGAGUGGAAUUAAUCGGUGGUGCAUUAGUGGCACUCCUGUACAGAGAGGCCUAGAGGAUCUUUUUGGACUGGUGGUCUUUCUUGGUAUUGAGCCUUACUGCGUCAGACACUGGUGGGUCCGGCUUCUCUAUCACCCUUACUGCAGGAAGAAUCCUCAGCUGCUCUACAGUUUCAUUGCAAAGAUUCUGUGGAGAUCUGCAAAGAAAGACGUGAUUGACCAAAUCCAGAUACCUCCUCAGACUGAAGAAAUACACUGGCUUCACUUUUCUCCAGUAGAGAGACAUUUCUAUCAUCGUCAGCACGAGGUGUGCUGCCAGGAUGCUGUGGCAAAACUCAGGAAGAUUUCUGACUGGGCUCUGAAGCUCAGCAGCCUGGACAGAAGGACAGUUACCUCCAUCCUGUAUCCAUUGCUGAGGCUCAGGCAAGCUUGUUGCCAUCCACAGGCUGUCCGCGGAGAGUUCUUACCUCUGCAAAAAAGCACCAUGACAAUGGAAGAGCUGCUGACAUCUUUGCAGAAGAAAUGUGUAACUGAAUGUGAAGAAGCCCAUCGACAACUAGUUUGUGCCCUCAAUGGCUUGGCAGGCAUCCAUAUCAUUAAAGGUGAGUAUGCCUUAGCAGCGGAACUGUACAGAGAAGUAUUGCGCUCAUCUGAAGAGCAUAAAGGAAAACUCAAAACUGAUUCACUUCAAAGACUUCAUGCCACUCAUAACUUAAUGGAACUGUUGGUAGCCAAACACCCAGGGAUACCUCCUACCUUGCGAGAUGGCAGACUUGAGGAAGAGGCGAAGCAGCUGCGAGAGCACUACAUGAGCAAGUGUAACUCAGAAGUCGCUGAAGCCAGGCAGGCUGUCCAGCCUGUGCAGCAGGCCAUCCGGGAGCUGCAGAGGAAGAUUCAUUCGAACUCUCCUUGGUGGCUGAAUGUAAUCCUCCGAGCAGUGGACUUUUCCAUUGAUGAGGAACUUGUUCAGCGAGUGCGGAAUGAAAUAACUAGCAACUACAAGCAGCAGACUGACAAGCUUUCCAUGGUGGAGAAGUUCCGUGACUGCCGAGGCCUUCAGUUCUUACUUACAACACAAAUGGAAGAGCUGAAUAAAUUCCAGAAGCUAGUGAGAGAAGCAGUAAAAAACUUGGAGAAGCCUCCAUCUCGUGAUAUUAUUGAGUCUGCAACAAUCUGCCACCUGCGACCAACCAGACUUCCUCUGAACUGCUGUGUCUUUUGUAAAGCUGAUGAGCUAUUCACGGAGUAUGAAUCGAAGUUAUUUUCUAACACAGUCAAAGGCCAGACUGCAAUCUUUGAGGAGAUGAUAGAAGAUGAAGAAGGACUGGUAGAUGAUCGGGUACCCACCACCACCCGGGGCCUUUGGGCAACAAGUGAGACAGAGCGAUCUAUGAAGGCAAUACUGUCAUUUGCAAGGUCACAUAGAUUCGAUGCUGAGUUCAUAGAUGAAGGAAGUACUUCCAUGGAUCUCUUUGAGGCAUGGAAGAAGGAAUAUAAGUUGCUGCAUGAAUACUGGAUGACGCUCAGAAAUCGAGUAUCUGCUGUGGAUGAACUUGCAAUGGCUACAGAACGACUAAGAGUGCGACAUCCUACAGAGCCAAAGCCAAACCCGUCUGUUCAUCAUAUCAUUGAGCCACAUGAGGUAGAACAAAAUCGUAUAAAACUAAUAAAUGAUAAAGCAGUUGCUGCAUCACAGCUUCAGAAAAAACUGGGCCAACUUCUUUACCUGACAAAUUUGGAGAAGUCUCAAGACAAAACAUCAGGAGGUGUUAAUCCAGAACCUUGUCCAAUCUGUGCUGGACAACUGGGAAAACAGUGGGCAGUACUGACCUGUGGGCACUGUUUCUGUAAUGAAUGCACCUCUAUCAUUAUUGAGCAGUACAGUGUGGGGUCUCACAGAAGCUCCAUCAAGUGUGCCAUCUGCCGCCAGACCACCUCACACAAGGAAAUCUCCUAUGUCUUCACUUCAGAGCAGGCAAACCAGGAGGAGGACAUCCCUGUGAAGGGCAGCCAUUCUACGAAAGUGGAAGCUGUGGUCAGAGCACUGAUGAAAAUACAGCUGAGAGAUCCAGGGGCUAAAGCUCUCGUUUUCUCAACGUGGCAAGAUGUAUUAGAUAUUAUUUCAAAAGCUCUCACUGACAACAACAUGGAAUUUGCACAAAUCGGUCGUGUUAAGACAUUUCAGGAGAACCUUUCAGCAUUUAAAUAUGAUCCCCAAAUCAAUAUUCUACUGCUGCCCCUGCACACAGGUUCUAAUGGAUUAACGAUCAUUGAAGCAACUCAUGUUCUGUUGGUGGAGCCCAUACUGAACCCUGCCCAUGAGCUCCAGGCCAUCGGGAGGGUGCACCGAAUUGGACAGACAAAGCCUACGAUUGUACACAGAUUCUUAAUUAAAGCAACGAUAGAAGAGCGAAUGCAGACAAUGCUGAAAACUGCUGAGAGGAGUCUCACAAGCCCGUCUGGAAAGCACUCUGAGGCGUCCGUGUUGACUGUGGCAGAUCUGGCAGACCUGUUCUCCAAAGACACCGAUGAGCUUGAGUGACUCACACUCGAACCCUGCACGGACCUCAGUGUGCUGCUUGUCGUGACUCUGCAGGACAGUUAUGUGCUAAAAACUCUACAAACAUCGAUAAAUGUGUUGGAAGUUGAAUUUGCUUCCUUUUUGUUUAUACAUUGGCCUGAUAAUUUUUGACUCCUUUUCAAUAUAAUGAUUUCAAGAAACAUAAAAUGAUUUUAAAUUGCACACUUCCAGUGAAGCAUCAGUUAUUGUUCCAACAAGUAUCUAUACCUGGUGAGGAAGGGGAAUUAAGAGAAGUAAUGGAUAAGUCAAGAAGCCUAAUUUUAUAUGGCCUGGUAAAUUCAGCCAGUGUAGAUCUCACUGUUUGUUGCAGUCAUGUUUGUAUGGCUGGUAGAAAUCAUCCAACUAAGAGCAGCUUUUGGGACAAAGAGGUUUAUUUUGGCUUGUAGGCUCAAAGGGAAGCUCCAUGAUGGCAGAGGAAAAGGAUGG